AAUGUGAACUUUUUCCGCUAUUUAUAAUAUUUACUAUAAUAUAAUUAAUAAUUAAUUAUUAUUAUUAAUCUAUAAAAAAUAAUGUAUACUUGUUAAGCGAAGAAAUAACAAAAUGGCGGCAUAUUUUGCAUACAAAUGCAAGAAAAUCUAAAUCGCAAUUGUAUUGGGCAGUCUUGGAGCAAACCCAGACUAAAACCCCUUCGCCAUCAAACCUAGCACCGCCGUGACCCCGCCCCUCAGCACACAUACCUCCGCCGCCGAGCAGCAACCGUUCAUAGCAAUACCUUCCAUCCACGCAACAGGCUUAUAAGCUAUGGAUGAUAAUCUUUACGAUGAGUUUGGAAACUAUAUUGGACCUGAAAUCGAUUCCGAUCGGGAGAGUGAUAGGGAGGAGGAAGAGGAGGAACUUCCUGACCGGACCGAGGAUGAGGAGCCUAUGUCUGAUGAUGAACGUGGCCCUGGAAAACCAAAUGGGUGGCUAACAACCACUGAGGAUGUUGAUAUGGAUGGCCAAAUUGUCCUAGCCGAGGACAAAAAAUACUACCCAACUGCUGAGGAGGUCUAUGGCGAAGAAGUUGAAACUUUAGUUAUGGAUGAAGAUGAGCAGCCACUUGAACAGCCUAUUAUUAAGCCUGUGAAAAAUCUGAAGUUUGAGUUGGGGGUUAAGGAUUCAUCUACCUAUGUAUCAACGCAGUUCCUUUUGGGUCUCAUGUCAAACCCUAUGCUGGUGAGGAAUGUUGCUUUAGUCGGCCACCUGCACUGUGGGAAGACAACUUUCGUGGACAUGUUGGUCGAGCAGACACAUCACAUAUCAACCUUUGAUCAGAACAGCGAGAAACAUAUGAGGUAUACUGAUACAAGGAUAGACGAGCAAGAGAGGAGGAUAUCCAUCAAGGCAAUGCCUAUGUCACUUGUUCUAGAGGAUAGCAAUUCGAAAUCAUAUCUUUGCAAUGUUAUGGAUACGCCCGGUCAUGUUAACUUUUCUGAUGAGAUGACAGCUGCUCUGAGGCUUGCUGAUGGUGCAGUGUUAAUUGUUGAUGCUGGAGAAGGAGUUCUGGUAAACACAGAAAGGGCAAUUCGCCAUGCAAUCCAGGACCGCAUUCCCAUUGUAGUUGUGAUAAACAAGGUUGACAGAUUAAUAACUGAGCUCAAGUUGCCUCCAAAGGAUGCCUACCACAAACUAAGGCACACAAUUGAAGUCAUCAACAACCACAUAACAGCUGCAUCUUCAACUGCUGGAAACGUUCAAGUCAUUGAUCCUGCCCUUGGAAAUGUUUGUUUUGCAAGUGCCAGUGCAGGAUGGUCAUUUACUUUGCAAUCAUUUGCUAAGCUAUACGUUAAACUCCAUGGUGUUCCAUUUGAUGCUAAUAAAUUUGCCUCUCGCCUUUGGGGUGAUUAUUACUACGAUCCUGAUACCAGAAGUUUCAAGAAGAAACAGCCUGCAAGUGGAGCAGAACGGUCCUUUGUUCAGUUUGUGCUUGAACCUCUGUAUAAAUUAUAUAGUCAAGUGAUUGGAGAACAUAAAAAGAGUGUAGAGGCUACACUUUCUGAACUAGGUGUGACUUUGAGUAAUGCGGCUUAUCGAUUGAAUGUUAGGCCUCUGUUAAGAUUGGCAUGUAGCUCUGUUUUUGGUAGUGCCACAGGAUUUACAGACAUGUUGGUUCAACACAUCCCAUCUGCUAAAGAUGCUGCACCUCGGAAGGUUGAGCACAUCUAUACUGGUCCUAAGGACUCUCCAAUUUACGAGGCCAUGGAGAACUGUGAUGCAUCAGGUCCUCUAAUGGUUAAUGUAACAAAACUGUAUCCUAAAUCAGAUUGCAGCGUCUUUGAUGCCUUUGGUAGGGUCUACAGUGGGGAAAUUAUAGCUGGCCAGACAGUACGUGUAUUGGGAGAAGGGUAUUCUCCCGAUGAUGAGGAAGACAUGACAGUGAAAGAAGUGACCAAAUUAUGGGUCUACCAAGCUCGUUAUAGGAUUCCCAUUAGCAAAGCCCCUCCUGGUUCUUGGGUUCUAAUUGAAGGUGUAGAUGCUUCCAUUAUGAAGACUGCCACGCUUUGCAACUUGGAAUAUAAUGAAGAUGUGUAUAUAUUUAGGCCCCUCCAGUUCAACACUCUUCCUGUGGUGAAAACUGCUACAGAGCCAUUGAAUCCCAGUGAGUUGCCAAAAAUGGUGGAGGGUCUUAGGAAGAUCAGCAAAAGCUACCCAUUAGCUAUCACAAAGGUUGAAGAAUCUGGGGAGCAUACAAUUUUGGGCACUGGGGAAUUGUACUUGGAUUCCAUAAUGAAGGACCUCAGGGAGCUUUAUUCAGAAGUGGAAGUAAAGGUGGCAGAUCCUGUCGUCUCAUUCUGUGAAACAGUUGUGGAGUCCUCUUCAAUGAAGUGCUUUGCUGAAACUCCAAACAAGAAAAAUAAAAUUACAAUGAUUGCGGAGCCACUGGAGAGAGGACUUGCUGAGGACAUUGAAAAUGGUAUUGUAAGCAUUGACUGGCCAAGGAAGAAGCUUGGCGACUUCUUCCAGACCAAGUAUGACUGGGAUUUACUUGCUGCGCGGUCUAUUUGGGCUUUUGGUCCUGAGAAGCAGGGGCCUAAUAUUUUGUUGGAUGAUACACUGUCUAGUGAAGUUGACAAGAGUUUGCUCAAUGCAGUUAAAGAUUCUAUUGUGCAAGGGUUUCAGUGGGGAGCUCGAGAAGGCCCUCUAUGCGACGAGCCAAUCAGAAAUGUUAAAUUUAAAAUUGUGGAUGCCAAAAUUGCUCCUGAGCCAUUGAACCGUCAAUCUGGCCAGAUCAUUCCAACUGCCCGACGUGUGGCUUAUUCAGCUUUCCUAAUGGCUACGCCUAGGCUCAUGGAACCAGUGUAUUAUGUGGAGAUACAAACUCCAAUAGAUUGUGUUUCUGCAAUAUACGCGGUUUUAUCACGUAGGCGUGGUCAUGUCACUGCUGACGUUCCACAACCAGGGACCCCAGCCUAUAUUGUUAAGGCAUUUUUACCGGUGAUAGAGUCGUUUGGUUUUGAGACGGACUUGAGGUAUCAUACUCAAGGGCAGGCAUUCUGCUUAUCAGCAUUUGAUCACUGGUCUAUUGUCCCUGGAGAUCCUCUGGAUAAAAGUAUAGUUCUACGUCCGUUGGAGCCAGCCCCAAUCCAACAUUUGGCUCGUGAAUUUAUGGUGAAGACGAGGCGCCGCAAGGUUCAGUAUUCUCCACCCAUUUUCCCCUUAAUUUCGGUUGGAGAUGCAUCUUCUUUGUGCUUGAUCGCAUUUGAAUGUGUGGAAAAAAACAACCACCAGAUAUGUAUUUAACUUACACAAUCGUAUUGGUUUUCUCAGGGAAUGUCGGAAGAUGUUAGCAUUAACAAAUUCUUUGAUGAGGCUAUGGUUGUUGAACUAGCUCAGCAGGCUGCCGAUCUUCAUCAACAAAUGAUCUGAACAUGCAAAUUGUCGAUUGGCCUUCUUUUUGUAUGACGUGUCAUGAUGAGUAUUCGGUUUCACUCGAGACAUUUUAUUUUACUUUUACGGUUUUGUAGAUGCUACAUUUGGUUAAAUUCGUAUAUUUCUGUUGUAAUUUUACGAGCUGUUGAAGAUUUGAUUCGGCGACAUUUCAUGAAUUCAUUAUUCAUGUGUGCAUCAACUAAUAUUAAAGAGUAGGGUUAAUAGCCUAUAAAUUAUUGAACAUUUAUCAAAUUCCAGCGUUGUAUCAUAUAUGUAAACUUUAAAAUUCAGUGUGGUAAUUGUUGAAAUAUUGAUUUAAUUUGAUUUUGUUGUUA